UCAAAAUAUAAAUGUGGGAAAAAUCCCUGAACUUCAGUCAGAUUAAAUAAGACUUUAAGUCGAGAAUGAUGCAUGUAGCCUGUUUUGUCCUCUUAGCGCUCACUGUGGUCCUUUCCACAGCAGAAGCUGCCACUGAAAAGAAAGAAUAUGGACUGCCUGAGGGAGCAGAAAAACGCAUUAUAAACGGGGUAAACGCAAGGCCUAAUGAAGUUCCAUGGCAAAUCUCCCUUCGUUACAAUGGUCGACACAAUUGUGGAGGAUCUCUUCUUUCCUCACGAUGGGUACUGACCGCUGCUCACUGUGUUGAUAAGGACCGGAAUACACGAGCAUACACUGUGCAUUUAGGUGCUCAGUACUCCUCUUCAACUAUAGCUGGGGAACAGGUUCGUCGAGUUAUCAGAAUAUUUGACCACUCGUACUUCAGUAGAAAUCAUUUCAAGCAUGAUGUCGCACUUAUCCUGCUCGAUAGCGCUGUUUCUUUUACGUCGACAAUCAAUAAAAUCAGUCUGCCAGUACAAGGAAGCAGAGUUGCUGCUGGAUCCAGGUGCCUCUUAUCAGGUUGGGGACGAACCUAUGCUGGUGGACCUUCGGCUAGAAUUCUCCAAAAAGCCUAUCUUCCCAUCGCUGACCCUCUUCAGUGUCAACGAAGGAAUAACUAUUUAAUACAAGUGGACCACAACACUAUGCUGUGUGCAGGUGGGCAAGGCUUAGCAGGUGGUUGUCAAGGAGACAGCGGUGGACCAUUAGCAUGUUAUGAGGGAGGCAAAUGGGUUCUUCGGGGUGUUGUCAGUUGGGGACAUGAAAAGUGCUACACAAGUCAUUACACUGUUUUUGCAAGAGUGAGUACCUUUGUUAACUGGUUGCGCCACACUGCUUCAAGUGCCGGUUAAAAGAUAACUGAUUGAUUGACUGCAAUCCAUCAUAGUUAAUAAUAUCAACUAUGAAUCCAUUGGUGAGGAAAUACUUUGUCGGCCAAAAAUAAUUUAAGAUAAGGUAAAAUAAAGUCAAUUGGUAUUAAAUAGAUAAGGUAGUUAAUAAAAAUAAAAAAAUAAAAUAAAAGAAAGAAACCAAUGUUAUUAUCACAAUAAAUGACAAACGCAAUGAAACAUCA